UCCUGGAUUUUUGCUACCUUGCAGCAAAAAUGGCAUUGGAAAUAAGUUGCCGACAUCACUAACGACUGGAAUUUCCCUGGUGUUCAAGUAAUUGCGUGCGCAAUAUUGUCUUGGAAAUCAAAAUCUACUUUGAUUAUCGAUCGUGAGGGCUUCCUCUUUUUGCUUCAUUUCACAGCAUUUCACCAAUCAAGGGUCUUGAGGUGGGAUCAAAUGUCCAUCUCUACCAUGCUAUUUUUGGCUAUAGAAGCGGUGAUAUAUCUAGCACGCAUCGAUACAUUAUACACCACCAACAUCCCCCACCGGCUCACACAUUCCUCGAAUAUGACUGUAGUCUCAAAUGACCCAAUUUGGUGGCCAUAUAUCAGUAUGGAAAAUAUUUUCAGUUAUUGGACAGUUGCCGCCGGCGUCGUGGUGAUGUACGAUUGGGGUGAGCAGGACAGUACUGGUUCGAAAAUUACUGAUUUUUUCAUGAUAUCUCCUGUCUUAACACCGGGAAAAGAGAUUGAAUUGAUCUGGAGGCAACGUUGGUCUCUCAUGACUGUGCUGUAUUUGGUUAUACGCUAUAUUGGAAUACCGUAUUCUAUUGAUUUUGUCCUGUCAUAUAUCCCAUGGGUCUCACGGACAGAUGUAGUAAGCAAUAUUACGAACUACGCACUGAAUGGGACAAAUGUGGCCGUAGUUGCCAUGUUGAACGUCAUCAUGAUUGCUCGCCUACAUGCAAUGUAUCAGGGAUCUAGAAUGAUACUCAUCAUCCUUGUUGUCACAUUUCUGGUUGUUACCAUCGCCUGCGGAGUAAUAUUGGCAAUAGAACUCAAGUAUGAUGUAGGGGAGGAGUUGAUACUCUCUGGCAGAUAUAUAUGCGGGUAUGGAUAUGAAGAGGACGAGCAGCUUCUGUUUUCAAUGGUUUGGAUGCUCUACACUGUCUGGGAGGUCCUUGCACUGUGUCUUUCAGUCUGGGUUGCUGUGAAACACUUCCUUGACCUACGACGACUCAGCCCAUUGACACAACCAACCAUCGGGGACUGUUUCAGAGUGCUGAUACAAUCUCACGUUCUUUAUUUUGCAAGCUUUCUUGGUGUCUCUUGCCUCCAGCUCGCGUCUCUCUCCCCAGAGCUCCAGAAUUCAUAUUCUAUUGGAUCUCAGAUACUCUAUGGUGUUUUUCAAAUUCUAUUGUUCGUGCAGAUGUUUGUGCUGGGACCACGCCUCAUCCUUAGCGUUCGAGAAUACCACGCCAAACUCGUGGCAGACUCCGACGCAGAAACUAGCAUGAGUUCAAUUGUCUUCCAGGAUUCUGUACAUGUAUCGACUAGCAGUACUGUGUAGGGAAAUGCUUGCCGAGCGGUCUGCAGGGAGGAGAAAUUUGGUCGAGGAUCCGUCGUGGUAUUUAUUUGACAUAUAGUGUUUCGAAGUAUAUCUGAAAGGUCU